AUGGGAGAAGAAACAUGUGAAGAUUGCAGAAGCUGGGAAGAGGAACUGUAUUGGACCCAUUUCCAGUGCACCCAUUUUUCUCAGAUUCUCGAUGCUGGUUUUGUUCAUCAGCUUCCGAUCCCUGAAAAAUUUUCUAAUCAUUUGAAGAAGAAAUUGCCCGAAAAUGUGAUUCUUAAAGGUCCUAGUGGCAGCACAUGGCAAGUUGAACUGACUACAGAUGAUGACACCAUGUUCUUUAAACGUGGUUGGGAACAAUUUGUAAAGGACCAUUUUCUGGAGGAAAAGGAUUUAUUAAUCUUUAAGUACAAUGGGGAGUCAUAUUUUGAUGUUCUAAUUUUUGAUGGACAAAGCUUGUGUGAGAAGGCAGCUUCAUAUUUUGUCAGAAAAUGUGGGCACCGAGAACGUGACAGUUUCGUCCAAACAAAGAGGAAAACUGUAGAAGAUUCUGCUGAAGUUACUAUUGGCUGCCCCCAGGAUGGUCUUGGAGGCACCCCAGAGAAAUCUGCUGAUGGUUACAUUUAUAAAACGCCUGUAAGAAACACUGUUAUCUCAAAAGCUAUUAAUAAAAAGACUCGGAGGGAAAUCAAGUUCAGUAAGCCUAUCCAAACUAGGCAGAGUGUGAGAUAUGAAGAACCUUCUUCUAAUGCCGAGGAAAUAGAAACCAAACCUGAUGUUCAGCAUAUACCUAUCAGUGCACCAUAUGAAUCAAGUAGAAGGAUGGUAGCAGAGGAAGACAAACUCCGUGCAUUACGGUUAGCACAAACAGCACAAACCAACGAGGGCUUUGUUGUGGUUAUGAAACCCACACAUGUCUACAGGAAAUUUUACAUGGUAAUCCCUUCAGGAUGGACAACUAGACAUUUCAGAACCCUGGAAAAAAAGAACUGUGAUGGGUUGAAAGACAUGGCAACAACAGCAGCUGCCUUUGCUCCUGCAGCAAUCACUGGUGCAGUCGUGAACUUUGGGAGCAAGAUCCCCAAGAGAACGAACAAGGUGGUUUACAUUGGAGGAAUGAAUUCCUAUGGGGGUCUUAAAGCCCACAACAGUGUGCUUUCUCUGAGCAUGCCUGUGUCCACUGAGCAGUGCUUUGCCAAAGUGAUUAGCUCAUUGAGAGCAGCGUCAAAUGGGAGAGGAAGAGGUGGAGGUGCACUCUUCUCUAAAUGUAGUGACGUGGGUGAGAUAUUCAGGAUUGCUGCAAUUAUGAAUGGCCUUGUUUUGGUUGGGGUUGCUGUUGGAUUUGUACUCCUCCGAAUCGAAGCGUGGGUUGAGGAAAAUGAGUGA